UUCCGGAUGAGUUACAUGUGCACUGUUUGCGGCAUCGUGCGCUUCCUAAUUUUCGCGAAGAGUGAACCGAUUCCACGUCCUCUCUCCUUUGCUUCCAAAUUCUUCUUUUACGUUCUCUCUCUCUCUCUCUGUCAUCUCAGCUUGAUUCUUCUUUCGUAUCUUUCAUUAGCUCUUCCGCCACCGCGUGUCCGAGGAAUCGCUGUUUUAGAAGCUUGCAAACAAUGUAGACACAAAUGAAUCCGCAUAUUGUUUCGCGCAUCUUGUAAUUAAUAGUCUGAACAAGAGAAAUGUCGCGCCGGUGCAUUCAUCGGAGAGACGAGCGUGAGUCUUUUCUCCGAGAUAAAGGCGCGAGAAUUAAUGAAGCUAGAUAUUAAUAGUUUUCUUAGGGAAUGAAGUAAACGCGUCCGUAGAAGACCUCGUACAUAAUAUUAUGCAGUAUUAUACUCGCUUUUCACUCGGUGCUCUUUCCUACGCAAGAGAAGAAGAACCCGCACAAAAGAAUCAAGCUGGACUUGAUUUAGCUUUCGCAAUUAAUCCGAUUGCAUGAUAUUUAAUAUUGACUCAAAGAAAACGAAGGAUCCUCCUUGUGUCUCAAAUUAUAUCAGUGAUAUAAGAUAUAUAAGCUCUCAGCUACCCCGACACUUGGGAGCAUAGAUGUAUCAGAUAUCGUUACAUCUAUAUAUAUAUAUAUAUAUAUAUAUAUAUAUAUAAAAAUUAUAUAAAUAUAUUUUGAUCUGUCGAUUAGUUAUACGAAUAAAGACUGAUAAAUACCUAUGAAAUCUCGACCUCAAUUAGUUUAUGCAAAUAUGCACUCAUUUCUGCAAUAACGCAUUGGUGAACAAACACGUCCGACAUCGUCGCUCCUCAAUUAUAUCGAUAUUUCUCCGCGUCUUCUUUUUUUUAUUUAAAUCAAAUAUCGAUUGUGAUAUCUCACAGUUAGAUAUCAAUUUGAAAAGGUUAUUACCAAUGUACACGCACAAUAUAUAAUCUUUAUACAUUUAUAUAUUUUUUUAAACACCGCUUGUGUGUCUCUUUUGAAAAGAAAAUCUAUAUUAUUAGAUGUAAGAUCAGUAUUUUCGGGAUCAGCAAGAGUUGCCGUAUUGCUUUCUGUCUCAUUACGUGUGUCGAUUCCUUCGUCGCAACGAAUCAAUAUUCCGCCCGCUCGAAGGGACAAAAUUGCGAAGAGUAUAACAGACUUAAUGCCCUGAGUGUGUUCAUCGAGAAAGCAGAGCAACAAGUGGAGGAAAAGGCGUCGUUAGAACACGUGCUUAAAUCGAAAAACAGACUACCCCCUCUUUCUGAGACAAAGUAGAUGCACAAAGAGACACUGCAUGCUUACAUAAUUAUAUACACGGUAUUAAUUUUCAGUAUUUUUGCAAGAUCGCGCCGACGUAGUCGAAGAAAUGCUAAGAGAACGGCUGAAAUCGAUGAAUCUCCGUCUCACAAGAAUGAGGAAAAACGGCGUUCUGAAGAAUAUAGUAAUACCUGCACAAAAGCGCACGGUGAUCAGACCAAGAACAAUCUGGAUCCUCGGGAUGAUAAAUUGAAUGGCCGUCCCAAUCGAAAAUUACAAAAGAAGAUCGAGGAAAACCAAUCCAGAAAGGAGACCGAAGGAGCUAAGGCGAAACGCGAUAUUAUAGCGGAGAAUAUAACAAAGCAAGGUAAAAGAUUACAUCUGAGUCCUGUGAAAAGGAUUCCGGCGACCAGCAAUUUCAUCUACGAAUUCAAUCCAUUCACCAGCGCCGAGCAAUCGAAUCCACCGACAUCACAGAUCAUCCGCCUGCGCUCGACGAAUAACUCUGACCAAAAGCUGCCUUGUGCGGCAAAAGACACCAUAUCAUUCGCGUUGAAUGAUAAUGCGGACUUUACGAUGCGGAAGUCGCCCGCCGUCUUGCCGGAAUUGAACUCGCGUACUGGUUUCGUAAUGGUUGAUCCAAAUUCGAGUAUAACAAAUUCUCAGAGUACUUGUUUGCCAAUACUCAGCAAGGAGGAUUCGGCAAGAGUGCUGAGCAAACAAUUCACCGAUGAAGGAGAGCACGGCAAGAUAGAUCGUGAAGUGAAGAAAGCCAAGUCGAUUUGGCAGGCAUUACAAAGCGAAAAGGAUUGGACGAAGAGCACGAAGCAGAUGGGCAAUGCACGAACGAGAAAAUUGUACGAGAUGCUGGAGAAGGUGACGUGUGAGAUAGACAAAGUUCAAAGAAGAUACGCGGAGUCUAGAUCGAAUCAUUUACCCAGAAGCGCGACGAUUCUGAAAACGGGCAGCAAGUCGAAUUUAGAAAAAGAAGCCGGAGUGCGUGAUACAAUUUUCCCUAAGAGAACGGGAACCAAUUCAGAAAUUCGGUUUAGAGACUUGAAAAAUGUAGAUAGCGAAAUAAUCAGCAAAGAUACGGCAAAGGUACGAUUCAACGAGGCCAUGGAAAAUACUUUGGCGGGUAAACGACCAAUUCAAACUUUGUUUUCAUCGAAUGACAACGCCAGCAUGCUAUCCGAUCGUGUUGAAGUAAAUACUGAGUGGGACACUGAUGAUUAUGUUAUAUCAGACGACACAAAUAUUCGCAAUAAAGAUCGAAAUAAAAUUAUGAAUACAUCAAAGUCAACAUUUAGAGAUAAUGGCAAGCCGAGCAGUAAAUCGUACGUUGAAAAAUACUUGCAAAAUUAUAACGAGGACAAUCGUGAUUUGCAUGAUGAGAAGGAAACGCAAGAGCGUUGUCAAGAUAUGAAAUCAUCAGCAAACGAUAUCGAGGAUAUUUUCGCGAGCCUCAAUAUCGGAUCAUUCGGGUUGUUCGAAAAUUUUGAGGAACUUAGUGACGAUAUGGAGAAUUGUGCAAGCACAGGGAAUGAGAACCGUCCUUGCCCACCUUUUACGACUGAUAACACGCAAGUAAUAACAUGUAUUGAAGCCGUUCAAGAGGAAGGAAAAAUACGCGACAGCACGUUGCUCGGAAAAUUGCACGCAAGCGAUAAGAAACCGAUGAAGGCGUUUGAGGCAAAAUCUACUGGAACUGCGAAACAAUCGAACGCUGCAGGUCAAGAUAACACGUUUAUUAAAAUGGGACUGAACGUUUUGAACAGAAGUUUAUCGACAGGCAGACAAUCGCAGAUACUGCAAUCGGAAUAUUUAAAGAAGGAUUUAUGCUCAUAACGUAAUUUCCGUCGUACAAGAAAUAUUUUCGAUGCCGUUUGACUUUUAAAUUAAUCGUGAAUUUUUUUGCCGUUUUUCGUCAACUUUGUUUUGUAUUAUCUGCCUUUAAUAACUCAUAAGUGAACAAGAGUUGCAUGCCUUUUACCUGUGCUAAAGCAACCUUUAAAAAAUAUAUAAGUGUAAAAGUUAAAAUUUUUCUUAUCUAUGUACAGCCUUAUGUUUUUUUAUAGAAUAUAUACACCUCGUGUCUUAAACUGC